AUGGCACCAGACCUCCACGACGAGCGUCAGGCCGACGCCGUGACCGCUCAGCCCAUGGUCAUCACCGAGAACAUGGACAAGCUCACCCGAAAAGAAGAAGCUGCCGUCCUCGGCAUAGACGAAAAAGCUGGCGUCCAACUCUCCGCCGACCAUGACACCGACUCUCUCAGCAAAGACGCCGAGAAUAACGGCAGCAACGUCCUCUACAAUAUCGUCAACCCCAACGGGGAAGAAGAAGCCGUCACAGAAGAUGACCCCCGCGUAAAGGACAUUCCGCCGUACGUCCGCCGCAUCGUCAGCUUCAAAGACGACACCACAGAACCGACACUCACGUUUCGAUACUUUCUGCUCACGAUUCUUUUCGUCGCCCCUGGUGCGUUCUUGUCGCAGAUGGCGCAUUUCAGAACAACAUAUGCGCCGUACUCUGUGUUUUUCGUGCAGAUUGCGUCUAAUUACGUGGGAGUAUGGCUGGCCAAGGUGCUACCCAACUGGAGGGUAAAGAUCCCAUUUACAAAGUAUGGAUUCAGUCUCAACCCCGGGCCGUUUAGCACAAAGGAACAUGUUCUCGUGACUAUUUCUGCUGCGUCCGGCGCGACGUAUAAUCUGGGUUAUACCCCGAUUUCCAUGUCGGAGCUGUAUUUUGGGGAACGGGUCAAUGGGGCGGUGGCCGUGUUCUUCAUGUUGGCGAUUACGUGGACGGGAUAUUCCUACGCGGCGCUUGCGAGACAGUUUCUCAUUUACGAUCCUCAGUACCCUUGGUUUCAGGCCCUCUGUCAAACUGCGCUCUUCGAGACCCAAAAGCAGCAACGUGAGAAUCCCUCGCGGCUCUCUCGCAAACAAAUCCGCGUCUUUUUUGGCGUUCUCGUCGCCGUCAUUCUCUGGCAGUUUCUCCCCGAAUAUGUGUUCCCCAUGCUCGGCUCCCUCGCUUUUCUCUGCUGGGUCGCACCUCGCAACGAAGUCGCCAACUUCAUCGGCGCUGGAUUCGGAGGCAUGGGUUUUCUAAACCUAUCCCUAGAUUGGUCAAGCAUUGCCGCAAAUGCUAGUCUGUUCCUGACCCCCUGGUGGACACAGGUCAUCAUGUUUGUGGCAUUCGCUGUAAAUUGCUGGAUCUUGUUGCCCGCUGCUAAAUUCGGCAACUUGGCCAAGUGGAAUAACGGAUUAAUGUCGAAUCGCGUCUUCAUGGAAAACGGCACCAAAUACCCGCUGAAUGACCUCCUCACCGCAGACAUGCGCCUCAACUCAACGGCCUACGCUCAACACGGCGAUCUCUACGUCGGCGCCCAGUACCUGUGGAACAUGUUCUUCGACUACGCUGGGUAUGCCUCUGCACUCGUGUGGAUGGCCUUAUUCGGCUUCGACCAAAUCAAGGGCAGCAUCCAAAAGUUCAUGGAGCGUCGAACCACAAAGGACGGCCGCAAGGUCACUGAGCAAUACGCAGACCAAAUCAAUGUUCUGCAACGGCCGUACGACGAGAUUCCAUUCUGGUGGUUUGCCACUCUGUUCGCCGUGUCGCUCCUCAUCAUGGUUGUCAUCUGCGCCAAGGGCCUCAUCUUCAUCCCCGUGUGGACAUACUUCGUUGGCAUUGCAACCGGUGCUAUUGUCGUCGUGCCACUGGGCUGGCUGUACGCCCUGUCCAACUUCCAGCUAGCUAUUGGAUCUACAAACGAGCUUCUCUACGGCCUCAUGAUUAAUUCUGUCUCUGGGUGGAAAAACCCAUGUGGACAUGAAAAUCGGGCACUACAUGCAUAUUCCGCCCAAGGCAGUCUUCUUUUCGCAAAUCUUCGGCUCCCUGAUCGCAUUCCUAUCGACUACGCUGUCAUCCGCUGGGUUCUCGACACCAAGUUCGACUACCUCGCCGGCCUCAAAGACGACCCUACGCACCAAUGGACGGGCCAGUCUCUCGCGUCCAGUCUCACACUAGGUGUACAAUACGUACUCGUUGGUCCUAAGCGUCUUUUCCAACAGGAUCUCUUCAAGGUGAUUCCCUACGGGUUUCUGGUCGGUGCAUGCGCCCCAGUCAUCAUGUUCCUCCUGCAUAAAAAGUUCCCCAACGCCAAGUUCAACCUGUGCAACACGACAAUCUUCUUCUCCAGCAUGUCCAUCUUCUACGGCAACAUUAGCACCGGCUACUUUUCGAGUUUCCUGGGCGGCUUUGUCGUCAUGUUCUGGUGCUACAGAUAUAAAUAUGAGUUGUGGGCGCGGUGGAACUACAUCCUGGCGGCGGCAUUCGACGCCGGCUUCAACUUCAACAUGCUGCUUAUCUUUUUGUGCUUUGGGGCCGCUUAA